AGCUACAAAACUAAUGGAUUAUAUAUUAUCUAUUUUACACAUUUAUUCCAAAUUUGGUCCUACAUCUCGUUCUUUGGUAAAAUCGAUAUUAAGGUUGAUAACAGGAAAAUGUGAAUUGGAACGAAUAUGUGAAAUGAAAUUUAAUGGUGAAGUAAUUUAUGGAUACAAGCAAUGCUGUGAAGUUGAAAAUAGCCUUUAUUGUUCUAAAAAUGAUGCUAUACGAAAAAUAUUGGUUUCUGAUAAAAUGAAAACAAAAACAGCAAUGGAGACAAUAAUGAGAGUGAAGCGCAUAAUUCCAGAAAAAAAUGAGACAUUUGUGAAAUCCAUGCCAUACUUGUUGUGUAAAAUAAUAAGCUAUAAUGCAUUAUUGAACGAAGUAGACUUAAUACGAAGUAUUCAAUAUGAUGAAACUAAUGAAGAACAUGAAGAUUCACUUAAAAAACUUUGGUGUUUAAUAAAAAAAGAUGAUGAACUGAUGGAGAGGCAUACUUCAAGAUGGAGCGAAAUUGGGUUUCAAGGUACAAAUCCAGCAACAGAUUUUCGGGGGAUGGGUAUUUUAGGAUUAAAGAAUAUGAUUUAUCUUCUUGAAAAUAAGGAAAAAAUUGGAAUGAAGAUUUAUGGGCAAUCAAACCAUCCGCAGUAUGGAUUUUCCUUUGCAAUUAUGGCUAUAAACUUUACAAGCACAUGUUUUGAUUUGUUACGAAGCGGAAGGUUAAAAGGAUAUAUCUAUAAUUUACAAGAAGUUGAUUAUUCUCUUGAGUCAUUUCAAUUGUUUUUUACUGAAAUAUUUGAAGAAUUUUCUGAUUACUGGGUGAUGAGACAGCCUCCAAAUAUUAUGUCCUUUAGUGAAAUUAAAAAAGAUUAUAUGAUAGAGGUUGAGAGGAGACUAAAUACAGGGAAAUGGUAGAUAAAAAUAAAAAUCUUUUUUUUUUUUUUUUUUUUUUUUUUUUUUUUUGUAAGGGUUGAAAAAAACCUAUUAUUUAAUAUACAUACAUCCAAAGAAGGAGAGUUUAUUUGAAAGUAAAAGCAUGGAAUGAUCCAUAAAAAAAGAAGUAUUUACAACUUCUUGUAUUUUUUUUUUUUUUUUUUUUCCUUAUUUACUCUAAUAUGUUUUAUAUUAGCAUCAACAAAACGGUUUAUAUCUAGAGCACUUAUGUUUUGAAAUAAAAUGAAUGCAGUGGCAAUAUUUAAAUAGAUGGCGAGUUUUUACUUAGAUAAGUCAGAUAAGACCAGAGUGCAAAUUUUAAAUAAUCUGUGUGACCAGCCUGCUGGUACUAUAAGGAAAAGCAAAUUUUAUAUAGCUCAAGUUUUAUGGUUAGUUUUUUAGUUUUUUUUUUAAAUAAAUAAUAAAUAGUGUUAUAUGAAGUUAUUUUGAUAAACCUUGUCAGAGAUUUUAUUUUUCAUAAUAUCUUAAUCUAAAUAAAAAAUAGUUGAAGGA